AAUCUACGUGUUCUUAUGCCUCUUCUUUAUUCCCUAAUUGCUCGUGGAAAAGUAGUCCUUGCAGAGAAGGAGAUGUCUGCAGGGAACUUCCCUACGAUCGGUCGUGUGUUGCUUAACCGCGUAAAACCAACCGAUUCAAAAAUGUCCUUUUCAUACGACAAGUAUGUGUUUUACUAUGUCGUCGACAAUGAAGUGGUCUAUAUGUGCAUGGCAGAUAAGGAUUUCAAGCGCCGAAUCCCGUUCGCCUACCUCAAUGACAUCAAGACCCGGUUUGAAGAGAUGUACGGCGCUACGAUAAAGACGGCUGUUGAGCUAAACAUGAACGAAGAGUUUUCGAAAGUUAUGGAGAAGCGAAUGGAGUUCUUCAAUAACGAUCCCUCUGCCGAUGCGAUCACGCACGUCCGCGGCCAAAUCAAGGAAGUGAAGGAAGUGAUGGUGGACAACAUCGAUAAGGUUCUCAGCCGUGGAGAGAAGAUCGAGGAGCUCGCCGAUAAGACCCGCAACCUGGACCAGCAAGCUUUCAUCUUCAAUUCGGACGCUCGUGCUCUGAAGAACCAGAUGUGGUGGCAGAACACGCGGUACAUUGUUUUCAUCGCGAUCUUCGUGCUGGUAAUCAUCCUGGUACUGGUGUUGGUGGCAUGUGGCGGUCCAAGUUUUUCGAAGUGUAAAAGAUCCUAA